CCUCACACUCCCAAACCCCUCGAACCACCCCCAACAACCUCUCCUCUCUCUAUACUCUACUCUCUCUAGACCACCAUGGAUCCGGUGAACGUUUGGGGCAACACCCCCUUAGACGCCGCCGACCCAGAGAUCUUCGACCUAAUUGAACACGAAAAACGCCGACAAUCCCGCGGGAUCGAACUGAUUGCAUCCGAAAACUUCACCUCAUUUGCAGUCAUCCAAGCUUUGGGAUCCCCCUUGACCAACAAAUACUCCGAGGGCAUGCCUGGAAACCGUUACUACGGUGGCAACGAGUACAUCGACCAGAUCGAAAACCUCUGCCGUUCUCGCGCCUUACAGGCUUACCGUCUAGAUCCCACCAAAUGGGGUGUUAAUGUCCAGCCCUAUUCUGGAUCUCCUGCCAAUUUUGCUGCCUAUACAGCCCUCUUAGAGCCCCAUGAUCGGAUCAUGGGCCUUGAUUUGCCAUCAGGUGGGCAUUUGACGCAUGGAUAUUAUACUUCCGGUGGGAAGAAGAUAUCAGCUACCUCGAUUUACUUUGAGAGUUUGCCGUAUAAAGUGAAUUCGACUACGGGAUAUAUCGAUUACGAGAAGAUGGAGGAGAAGGCCUUGGACUUUAGACCCAAGUUGAUUAUUUGUGGGGGGAGUGCGUACCCGAGAGAUUGGGAUUACAAGAGGAUCAGGGGCAUUGCUGAUAAAUGUGGGGCCCUCAUGUUGUGUGAUAUGGCUCAUAUCAGUGGCCUUGUUGCUGCACAGGAAGCUGCAGAUCCGUUCGAAUACUGUGACGUGGUCACUACCACCACCCACAAGAGUCUCAGGGGACCAAGAGCUGGUAUGAUCUUCUACCGCAAAGGUCCAAAACCACCGAAGAAGGGUCAGCCAGAAGAUGCUGUUUAUGACUUUGAAGACAAGAUCAAUUUUGCUGUGUUCCCGGCUCUGCAAGGUGGGCCGCACAACCACCAGAUUGGUGCUCUAGCGGUUGCGUUGAAACAGGCCAUGUCACCUGGAUUCAAGGCAUAUGCUAAGCAAGUUAGAGCCAAUGCUGUUGCACUUGGUAACUACUUGAUGAGCAAAGACUACAAGCUUGUGACCGGUGGAACUGAAAACCAUCUUGUGUUGUGGGAUCUUCGUCCUCUUGGCUUGACCGGGAACAAGGUGGAGAAGCUUUGCGAUCUUGCAAACAUCACUGUUAACAAGAAUGCUGUGUUUGGUGACAGCAGUGCUUUGGCCCCAGGAGGUGUUCGUAUUGGUACACCUGCAAUGACCUCAAGGGGUUUAGUUGAGAAGGAUUUUGAGCAAAUUGGGGAGUUUCUUCACCGUGCAAUUCAAAUCACUUUAAGCAUCCAGAAGGAGUUCGGGAAAUUAUUGAAGGAUUUCAACAAGGGUUUGGUGAACAACAAGGAGAUCGAACAACUCAAGGCUGAUGUCGAGAAGUUUUCUGGUUCGUUUGACAUGCCUGGGUUCUCGUUGGCCGACAUGAAGUAUAAGGAUUGAGAAGAUGAAGAGAUCUAUGUAAUGAAUGAUGUUUGUGUUGUUAUUAGUAACAUUUUCUGGUGUUUGUUUUGAUGUCUAGUACAAAAAAUGUAUGAUUUGGUUGGAGGACAAUAAGGUCUCACGUAUCUUCCAUUUCCACAUGUAGAUUAGUGGUUUUCUUGGACUAAAAUCUGUACUUGUCCCAAAGCAUUUUUAUUCAAUGGAUGAUAGUAUGUUUCAAGUCA